AAAUGAAUGAUGAUGUUGCAUUGCAUCGGUGGUGAAAGAUUUUUUUUUUUUAAAAAACUUUAUAGAUUAUAGAAAUCUUAUAAAAUAGAGAAUCCUAUCUUGGUUCUGUGCAUUUGUUGUUUGUCUAUGUGGUGUUUCGUUUUUGUUAAACAGUCCUAUUUUUCAUCAGUUUAUACACAUCAUAAUCGUUUUGUUUUUGUUGGAAUAAAUAAAAUUUCAUCCAGAAAUCAUGGCCGAAAUUAAACAAUGGUUCAUGUCGAUUCCUAUCAUCACAAGAUAUUGGUUUGGCCUUUCGAUUGCAAUGCCUGUUUUAGGUCGAAUUGGCCUUUUAAAUCCAUACCACAUGUUCAUGACUAAAGAUGCUUUAUGGCGUUUAGAGUUAUGGCGGCCAUUUACCGGAACAUUUUACUACCCAAUUGGUCCUGGUACUGGAUUUCAUUAUCUAAUCAAUCUAUAUUUUCUUUAUCAAUAUUCGAAAAAUCUUGAAACAAAUGAAUUUGUGGGCAAACCAGCCGAUUAUCUUUUUAUGCUCAUAUUUAAUUGGUCAGCUUUGGUUUUGAUGGCCGUAUUCAUGAAUAUCUUUCUAUUAAUGGAUCCAUUAAUAUUGAGUGUCCUGUAUGUUUGGUGUCAGCUGAAUAAAGAAAUGAUUGUCUCGUUCUGGUUUGGCACCAGAUUCAAGGCACAAUUUUUGCCUUGGGUUUUGCUUGGAUUCAAUAUGAUUCUUGGUGGAGGAGGUUUCUUUGAAAUUUUGGGCAUCCUAACCGGUCAUCUAUAUUAUUACGUUAAAUACGUCUAUCCAAGAGAUCAAGGUGGUGAAUUGAUAACAACACCGGCUAUUCUUUAUCGAUUUCUACCCAAUUACACACCAUUACGAUCCACUGGUUUUCUUUCGUUUCCGACCGCAUCUUCGAUUCGUAGCCAACGCAAUACGGCUUCAAAUGAUUCAUCUACAUCAUCAUCUGGCCAUAAUUGGGGUGGACGUGGUCAUGUUCUCGGUGGUAAUUAAUAGAUUAUCCCGCAAAUUUUAUCGGAAAUUCCGAUCAAACAUUCGAAAAUUACUCCGACAGCAGCGUACAUAAUUUCAAAAUAAAUUCCCAUGUGAAACAACAAAUUUGGCAAAUUUUGUUCAUAUCACAUUAACCAAAAUUAAUAAUUACACACACACACACAUGCAUAAAAUCAUGGCAAUUGUUGAUUUGAGAAAAUUGAUUUAAAUGAUUCAUUUGUAAAUACAGAAAAAAGAAAAAAAAUUGAAAUUUUGAAAAUUUAAAUGACAUGUCAUAUAUGAGCUACCCCAAAUCAAAUCGCUCAUCAUGAAAAAAAUUGUCUGUGUAAACACAAAAAAAACCAGCUGCGCAGCUUCUGUCAUUCAUGAAAAAUCAUCACAAUCGAUUUAAUUUCAAUAUAAUAAAAAUGUUGAUCAUUGUUUCGA